CGAUUUCCUUUACUCGAACACUCGAUGAUGAUAAAUGAUAAUAAUUAAUAAUAUUAUAAUAAUAAUAAUGACAUAAUGUAAUUUCCAUCAGCUAUUGAACUCAGUCCGUUCUCUGAGCUCUGUGUACUCUGUAGCCUUGUAGUACUCCACACCUGAGUGAAAACACAACCUCCUAAUUUCAAACUGAUAAUUGAGUUAUUCUGCAAUGGAGGAAAAAGAAAAUCCAAAUAGCAUAAAGCUUCCUGAUACUUUGGAAGUUUUCAGGAAUUUGAAAAAUGCCAAACAAUUUGCAAUAGACAUUGGUGGUUCGCUUACAAAAAUAGCAUAUUAUUCAACGGUAUCGUUCAGACGAGUUUAUUAUGCAACUGAUAACUUAGACAAAAAUGAUGACAAUAACAAGGAUGACAAAUGUGAUAAGUUUGUUUACACUUAUUCUGAACAAGCAAGGUUACAUUUUGUCAAGUUUGAAACAAAAUAUAUUGAAAACUGUUUGGAUUUCAUUGGUGACAAUUUAGUUAACAGCGAUGAACGAAAAGGAAAAAGUAUUAAAGCUACAGGAGGUGGGGCAUACAAGUAUAGCAAACUCAUUCAAGACAAAUUGGGAUUAAAAGUAGAUAAAGAAGAUGAGCUAACUUGUUUAAUUACUGGGUGUAAUUUCUUAUUAAAAAAUAUAAGCGAUGAAGCGUUUGUUUACAACAGGAAUGGUAGUCCAGAAUAUGAAUUUCAAACAGCAGAUCCACAUGUAUUUCCUUACAUGUUGGUUAACAUUGGUUCAGGUGUAAGUAUUUUAAAAGUGGAGUCAGAUAAUUGUUACGAGCGUAUUGGUGGUACAGCUACUGGAGGUGGCACAUUCUGGGGCCUUGGUACACUUUUAACUAAAGCCAAAUCAUUUGAUGAAUUACUUGAUCUUGCUGAAAAAGGAGAUCAUAGAAAGGCUGAUAUGCUUGUAAAGGAUAUAUAUGGCGGAGAUUACGAAACCCUUGGUAUGCAUUCAGAUUUAAUUGCUUCUUCUUUUGGAAAAAUAUGUCCUCGUCAAAACUCAGAAAGUGAUUAUAAUGAAGCAGAUUUGGCGAGAAGUUUACUGUUUGCAAUUAGUAACGACAUUGGUCAAAUUGCUUGUUUAUAUGCAAUGAUGCAUAAUUUGAAAAAGGUGUAUUUUGGUGGUUAUUUUUUAAGAAAUCGUUCACUCAGUAUGCAUACUAUAUCAUUUUCUAUUAAGUAUUGGUCUAGAGGAACUGUGCAAAGUUUGUUUUUGAGACAUGAAGGAUAUUUAGGAGCAAUAGGGGCAUUUUUAAAAGGAACUGAAGAAUGCGAUAGCGACAAGUUUUCUUGGUUAGAAAAUUAUGCUGGUAGUGGAAGUAAUCGUACUCAAUUGACAUUCGGUAAGCGAGUUGACCAACUCGAACUUGAUCGUUGGGAAUCGCCUUUAACAUUUUGCCCAUUGCUCAAAGAUCCAUCUAGUUAUAUUCCAGAUACAGUUGAUUUGAAUUCGGAUAAAGAAGCUAGAGAAUAUUGGUUAAAUUGUUUUGAAGAAAGUAUAGAAAAUUAUGUUAAUUAUGCAAUUGCAAGUCAACCAUCAAGUGAUACAACUGAAAAACGAGCUGCCAUGUUCAAAGAGAAAUUUAUUUCUCGGGUGCAACUGCUUAAAAUAAAACCUUUUGCUUAUGGUAAUUUGACUGUGAGAGGUCUUCUUGAUACAAUCAAUCAAUGUCUUAAAGAAUUUGAUUUUCCUGAUCCAUAUUUAACUCAAAAACGAACAGAAAAUGAAUAUGCGUUAACAUGUCUUCAAGAACGAUUAGAAGAAUUGGAUUCUUUAGAUCUAAGAGAAAGACAAAAAGAAAUAAUCAUGGGUGUCUUAGCAGGAAAUACUUUUGAUUGGGGUGCUAAGGAAACUGUAGUUUUAAUGAAAACUGGUGAAUUUGAUUUUAAACAAGCAAGGAACCGAAUUCCUGCCAGACCUUGGUUAAUUGACAGUCUUGAUAAUUGGGUUGAAAGAAUAUGCAACGAGCCAUAUAAAAAAAUUGCAAUUUUCAUUGAUAACAGUGGUAUUGAUAUAGUUUUGGGAAUACUACCAUUAGCUAGAGAAAUGCUACGUCAAGGCUCAAGAUUAAUACUUUGUGCCAACUCCGCUCCUGCACUAAACGAUGUCACUCAUUCAGAACUUGUUGUAUUGUUACGCCAAGCUGCGGCUAUUUGUCCUAUUAUUUCUAAAGGAUUAGAUGAAGGCAGAUUGAAAUCAAUGGAGACAGCUCAAGGUGGGCCAUGUUUAGAUCUCAGUCGAUUGGAACGAGAAUUGGCAAAUGAAUUGACUACUGUGGAUUUGAUUAUAUUAGAAGGAAUGGGUCGAGCUGUACACACCAACAUAGAUGCAGAAUUUGUGUGUGAUUGUUUCAAACUGGCUAUAAUAAAAAACCGUUGGUUAGCUAAACGUUUAGGUGGUGACAUGUUUUCAGUAGUGUGCAAAUAUGAAAGUGUUAAUGUUUCAAAAUAAUUUUUAAAAAAUUGGAAAAA